CCAUCUCCUCCACCGCACAGACGGACAGARCUCCUAUUGGACCAUCAUCCCGCCAAUCAGCAAUUAUUUUUUCUUCCUCCCGUCAGCAUCGUAGCUCAGGGUCCCGCCCACUCCGACUGUGAAGAUUGAAAAAAAAAAUACUUGGAGCUCUUUUUUUUUUUUUUGGACCAAUAAGAUUGAACAUCGCUGUUUUGUCCAUAAGAGGGAGUUGAGUUUCUUAUGCAGCAGUUUGGCUUGUUUCCACAGCAGAACAGCAGAGUGCGGAGAGAGGAGGGGGGUUAGUGUUGGACUGGUUUCUCUCAGAGCGGCUGUGGAAAGUCUGAGGCCAGCCUGUCUGCUGUCUGUCUGUCGGUCCGCUCCGUCCUUUCAGCUCCGACAUUUAUCUCCAGCUGAAGACCAGCCGGACCAGCAGGAAGAGCUCCAUUUCCUCCCACCUGGAUUAACUCAAGACGUCCUUUCUUCUUCUUCUUCUUCCUCUUUUUUAAUUUUUUCUUCCGUUGUUCAUUUUGGUAACGGAGAAACAAACAAAAAAAUGUUGUGGAAAUUAGCUGACAACGUCAAAUAUGAAGAUGACUGUGAGGAAAGGCAUGACGGUAACAGCAAUGGGAAUCCCCGGCUGCCUCACCUGCCAGCGGUCAGCCAGCACCUCUACAGUCCGUCUCCUUCCCUCUCGCACACGGCCAGCUCGGACUUCCAGCCCCCGUACUUCCCKCCGCCGUACCAGCCCAUCCCCUACCCGCAGUCCGGUGACCCUUACUCCCACCUCGGCGACCCCUUCAACAUGAACUCCAUCCACCAGACGCCCUCCUCGAACCAGCAGCAGCCGUGGCCCGGCCGCCAGGGCCAGGAGGGGCUCGGGAGGAGCGGGCUGACGAGUCAGAUCCUGGGCCUGGAGGGAGGCUCGUCCGGGGUGAGGAGGGAAGGGUUCCGCCGGCCGGAGCUGCUGCCCCCGCACGCGCACAGCCUGGAGUCCCCCGUUAUGGUGGACAACAUGGGGAUGCACGACAUGAGCCACGCGCUGGAAGAAGCUCAGCACGUGGAUGACCACAGUAUUAUUAUGGCAGAUCAGACGGUUAUAAAAAAAGUAUUAGGACUACGAGGUGGCAGGAACCUUGAUCGCUUACAGAGGACUUAUUAUCAGGGGGGCAUUCUUGCUGGCCCUGUCACACUACCGAAAGGUAACACACUGGGCCUUCCCUUCCAGAAAGAGUCCCUGCUGGGCAUGGUAUCAAAUCCGACAGAGGUGUUCUGCUCCGUACCGGGUCGUCUUUCCUUGCUGAGCUCCACGUCCAAGUACAAGGUCACCGUGGCUGAAGUCCAGAGACGUUUGUCACCCCCAGAGUGCCUGAACGCGUCGCUCCUGGGAGGGGUUUUACGCAGGGCAAAGUCAAAAAAUGGAGGCCGUUCUUUGAGAGAAAAGCUGGAUAAAAUUGGUCUUAACCUGCCUGCAGGAAGAAGGAAGGCAGCCAAUGUCACUCUACUUACCUCAUUAGUUGAAG